AUGGAUGAAAAAUUGACAAAAUCAUCUAUAAAGCAUCUCUUAUUCGGAACUUGCUGUUUGGAAGGAAAGAUUAGGCUACAUUUACUUAUUACACCCCCUCCACCACUUCAGGCAUUAGUACUCAGUGGAAGGGGCCCUACAUCAUUCACAAUUCAUGGGGAAUUGCGACAUCGAACAGGAUCAUUACAACCACAACCAGGGCAGGAGGCGAGUUAUGCUCAGUUGUAUAUCUAUGACCCUUAUUCAGCUUUAGAAAUUCGUAAUCGUAGAAAUCCUAACUUGAGAAGGGAUGUUCUCAAAACUAUUCAGGAUAGUUUGUUGCAAGUCAAUGCAUUUGUAGAUAAAAAUCGCCAGGCUCAUGCCAUUUUACAUCAAUUAGACUCGGCAGGACACAAUCUACCAGCUCAUCUUCAUUACAGUUCAACAACUGAUCGACGUCGGUAUAACCUACCAACUACAGAUGAGAUUGCAAUUGUAAUACCAGGUGAUGGAACUGAGGUAAAUGGAAUAAGAGAAUUUCCAGACCCAAAAGAUGAUCCUAUGCUUUUUGAAACUAUCAAAUGUUGUAUGGUACAUGGACCAUGUGGUGCUCGAAAUCCGCAAGCACCAUGUAUGGAAAAUGGUAGAUGCACUAAGAGAUACCCUCGAGCUUUCACAGAAACAAUAACUAUGGAUCAAGAUGGAUACCCUAUCUAUCGUCGUCGCAAUAAUGGUCAAGUACAUACUGUGAGAGGGCAAGAAGUUGAUAACAGGGAUGUCGUACCAUACAAUGCAUAUCUUUCAAAACUUUUCAACUGUCAUAUAAAUGUGGAAGUUUGUGCCGGAAUGAGAUGUGUCAAGUAUAUACAUAAGUACAUUUAUAAGGGUUAUGAUCGUACAACGAAGGUGUUAGGAGUGAUAAAUGAGAUUCAACAAUAUCUCGAUGCAAGGUAUAUUGGACCUCCAGAAGCUGCUUGGCGAAUAUUUGGUCAUCCUUUGCAUGCAGAGAUGCCAAUAGUUGUACGAUUGGCACUUCAUUUACCUGGAAUGCAUCGUGUUGUUUUUAACCCAGAAGAGUCAUUACAAACGAUUCAAUCUAGAGCUGGUCAACAAAUGUCAACUCUUACUGGCUUCUUUGCAUAUUGUGCUGCCAGUGAAGAUGAAUGUCCAUUCACUUAUCAAAAAUUUCCACAACAUUUUGUUUGGCUCAAGUCAGAAGAGAGAUGGAAAUCAAGAGAAAGAGGAUAUGCAAUUGGUAGAAUGUACUUUGCUAGCCGUAAUUGUGGUGAAAGAUUUUAUCUACGUUUGUUACUAACCGUUGUCAAAGGACCAAAGUCGUUACAGUCUUUACGCACGGUCAAUAAUGUUGUGCAUGAUACAUUUAAAUUAGUAUGUGUUGCAAGGGGGCUUUUAGAAGAUGAUGAAGAAUGGAUACAAUGCUUGAAAGAGGCUGCAGUCAUAAAAACUGGAUAUCAAUUGAGGAGAUUGUUUAGUAUUAUUCUCACCCAGUGCUCUCACGCAUAUAUGUGA